ACCUCCCCGAGCAUGUCUUUGGUGAUCGGAUGCAUCAAACAAACAUGGGUCAAUUGAAUGCUGUCAGCUACCUAUGCUAGAAAUACAUCUUUUCCCGCGACAUAUCACCCAACAACUUCAGUUCCAUAACAUUCCAAGCACUACCGAUCAUAAUGACAACAUACGAACGGCCACCGCCGACCGGAAUCCGGGUUAUCAUUGUCGGAGCAGGAUUUGCAGGCCUCACAGCAGCAAUCGAAUGUCAUAGGAAAGGCCAUUCAGUUCUCCUGCUGGAAUCGUUUCCAGAACUAAAAAUUCUCGGAGACAUCAUCUCGUUCGCACCUAAUUCUGGGCGCAUUUUCCAACGUUGGCCUGGUGUUGAUGCUCAGCUAGACCCUAUCAUCCACAAAAGUGAUGGCUUGCUCAUGAAAACAUGGCAAGGGGAUACGCUUCUUAAGCAAACUUGGUCAGAUGAGCAACGAAGUUAUGGGAAAGCGUACAAUGGACAUCGUGGAGAGAUACAUGAAAUCGUGUAUCGUCACGCUUUAGAUAUCGGUAUAGAUAUCCGCUUGGGCCACAAAGUGGAAGACUAUUUCGAGACCGAUAGCGAGGCCAGUGUUUUUGCCAAUGGACAGAAGUUCAUAGGUGAUGUCGUUAUGGCUGCUGAUGGUGUCCGUUCUAAAGGUAGAACUAUUGUUCUGGGCUAUGAAGACAAACCGAAGUCUUCUGGCUAUGCAAUCUAUCGUACCUGGUUCGAUUCUGCAAAAUUAGCGGAAGAUCCUGAUACCGCUUGGCUUGUGAAUAAUGGAGACAAACAUUGUGCUUGGCUUGGAACGGACAUCCAUUUCAUUGCCGCGUCAAUUAAGGGCGGGAAGGAUUUCAGCUGGGUAUGCACGCAUAAAGAUGAAGCAGAUGUGAAGGAAAGCUGGCAGGCUCAUGCUCCUUUAGCAAAUGCUCGGAAUGUGUUGGAGGGAUGGGAUCCUAUUGUCCAGAAAAUCUUGGAUGCAACACCAGAUCCGUUGAUUGACUGGAAAUUGGUGUACCGAGAUCCAUUGCCAACCUGGGUUUCUCCAAGACGCCGUAUAGCUCUAAUCGGGGAUGCAGCUCAUCCUUUCCUCCCAACGUCCAUUCAAGGUGCAUCCCAAGCUAUGGAGGAUGGUGCGACCAUGGCAGUCUGCUUAUUCAAAGGUGGCAAAGCCAAUGUCCAGCAAGCUGUUGCAGCUUUUGAAGGCUUAAGAUACGAAAGAGUGAGAGCCGCUCAAAAAACCGGAGAAAAGACGAGAGAUACUUGGCAUAAGGCCAACUGGGAAGAAGCAAAGAAGAAUCCUGAAAGUAUGAAGUUGAAACGUGAGGAGUGGUUACUGAAUUUUGACGCGGAGGAGUAUGCAGACAAGAACUAUACUGCAACGGUGGCGUUGCUGAACGAUACCGUCGCUGUCAGGGAACUCAACAUUCCAUUUCCCAGAGAAGUAUUGGCUUCAGCAUAG